CCGCCGACACCACCACGAUUUUGUCAAACCACCACUACUGAGUACCGGCAGUGUCCACGUCACCAUCGCGGCAACGCACCGACGGUGACGACGGUUCGAAUCCAGUGGCGUACAUCCAGCGACCGGCCGUCACUACCGGUACGACGCACGUCGUGCAUACCAUACGCACUCUGGAAGUCGUUGUCGUCGUCGUGUUCGAUUCACAUUCACAGCCCGUAAUAUUAUGAUGACAACGACGUAUCGUCAUCGUAUGUUUCAACCGAGCGGUAGCGUCGCGACGCGUUGUUGAUCGUCGUCGUUCCACAUUUCCACGGCUAGUGCAACGCAGCAACACCUUUUGCCGAAGAAUACAUCAAGAAUUGAUCGCAUUAAGUUUUGGGGCGGCGGCACCGGCAGUUGUUACCCACCUGUCUACCUGUACGAUAACGUCGUUACAGCAGAUACUGCACCAACAGACGGAGCAAAAAUCAUUAGGUUUUCGUCGUCGGGGUUACGGCCUUCACCGUUCGAUAGGCACGUAUGUAAUAUAUAUAUAUAUAUAUAUUAUAUAGUAACCGAAAAACCACGUCGCAGAAACGAUGAUAAAAAACACUCUGGUAGAGACUGCGGCGGCCGCCACUGAAGCGGCGGGCAUGAGGGCAGUGGCGUUGGCCCUGCUCGUCACGGUGACGUUCAGCUGCGCAUUUUUCUUCAUGAUGCGUUGGGCAGCGUCGGCGUCGUCUGCCGAACGGCGGCGGAGGUCGACUCGUCACCAGCGCGGCAACGAUGGUGACGGUUUCACGCCGGCGUCAAAGCAAAAGAAGUCGACGUCGGCCGCGGUCCAGCCGAAGAAGAAGAACAACAGCGGCAAGAACAGUGCUGUCCGUCCACAGACGUUCGCCAGCACCAGUGCCACUGCGGUCGGGGGUGCUGGCGGCCCGACUGGUAUCGUCAUCCCGGGCGGCGGUAAGAACAACGGCGACAAGAAGAAGAAAAAGGGCGCCGUCGACGUUGACGAGAACGCCGACCAUCGCGGCGCGAACAAGCAGCCGGCGGACGCUCCGGCCGCAGACGGUUCCAACGAGCGGAACCGCCGGUCCCGGCGCCAACGGCAGCAACAGGAGCAGCAGUCCCGCAGUGGCGGCGACAGUUCGGCGCGCAACGGCCACUACAACUCGGCGGCCGCUGCCACCGCAAACGACGACCGCCGUCGCCGCUCGUCCUCCUGGUCGUCGCACAGCCUGCACGCCGACGAGGAUAGCCUGGUCGCGGACGACUCGGCGGCCGCUUACAACGAAGACGACGACGAGGAUCAGGGCGAAUGGAUCACAAUGACUAGUGGCAAUAGUGGUGCCAAUUCUUUCACUGUUUACAAUAGUAACAAUAAUGAAUCAAAUCGGAAAAAACAGAAUCAACGGUCUGAUGAUAACGUAGCCGUUUCGACUAAAUUUGAACGUCGGCGACUUCAGCACGAGAAACAACAAGAAGAAGAAGCUCAGCGACAAGAAAAGCAACAGCGGCAAGAGAAACAACAAAACCAUGAGAAGGAAAAUCAACAAGAUAAGCAACACCAACAAGAGAAACAACCUCAAAAAGAGAAGCAACAUCAACGGCGUGACAAGCAGCAGCAGCCGCAACAGCAACCGCAACAACGAAGACGUGAUAAGCUAUCGCAACAGCAAAUCACUGGACCCUCUGUCCUAACUGUAACAGUAAAAGCAACGACUGUGACAGAUAAACAACCACCAGGGCAACAAAACCGCCGAGAUAACGAUAAUAAAACCGAAGUCGACUUGACAGAAAAACGGUUGCGUGCCGAGUACGAUGCUUCGGUGAAAACGUUACGGGCCGAGUAUGAAAAAGAGUCAAAGCUAUUGCGAGCUGAACACGAAACAACAACUAAACGUUUACGUUUGGAAAACGAAAAUUUACGAUCUAAAAAUAGUUCAGUGGCCGAGCGUUUACGUACUGCUGAACGUGAGACAGCGGUAACGAAACGAUUGCGAACGGAACACGAUGCGGCUGUGAAAGCGUUGAAUGCGGAACGUGAUGUUCAGCUGGCAGCAUUGCAAGCUAAGCACGAAGCGACGAUAAAUGCAUUGCGCACAGAACUCGAGAAUUUGCGACAGACUGCGUCUCAGAGUUCACAAGUGGCUCAUAAGACUGUUGCUAAAGUGACUAACAAUAAUGAAAAAGUGACAGCAAUUCGAGAUGCUGAUGUAGUCAACGAAGAUCUGAAACACUCAGAAAAAGAGACUAUCGCGAUCCGAGAUCUCCGUAAAGAAAACGAGAAACUUCGCAAAGAGCACGAGACAGCGAUUCGAAUCUUACGCGAGGAAAAUGAGAAACUUCAAAAAGAUCACGAGGCUGUAGUUCGAGGCCUACGUGAAGAAAAUGAUAAUAUGCGCAUAAAACACGAGACUUCAAUGAAGAAUCUAUGGACUGAGCAUGAAACUGUGAUCGAAGGUGUGCGUGCGGAAAAUGAAACUGUCCAGCGAUCCGCAAUGCAAAGUCUACGAGCAGAUCACGAGGCCAUGAUUGGAGCUUUACAGACUGAGCAUGAUACCUUAGUUCAAAAAUUGCGUAGUGAAAAUGAUGGACUACGCAAACGACAAGAAACCACUAUGCAAAGUAUGCGUGAGCUUAAAGAUCAUAUGCGUACGGAGCACCAGAAUGAAAUUCGUAGUAUGCGUAUUAAAAAUGAGAAUAUGGCCAAAGAACACGAUAUCGCAAUCCAAGAUUUAAUCAAGGAAAAGGAACGUCUACAUGCUGAGCACGAGACAGCAGUUCAAGAUCUGCGUAAGAAAAAUGAAGAUUUACGUAAGGAAAACGAGGAUCUACGUUUGAAACUGGAGACCAUAACAAAAAGUCUGCGAGCUGAACACGAAACCGCGAUCAAAGUGUUGCGGGACGAACACGAGGCUGCGGCCGAAAAAGCAAGUCGUCUUUCCGAGCAUGAUGCGGCAGUGAUUGAGGAGUUGCGUGAACAACAUCGAACCGAAGUCGAGAGGCUCCAUCGUCAACUAGCUGAGGAAGAGCAACAGCGUACAACCUCUGCGACGUGUCCGCAGACAACCGAUUCCGACAAAAUUGACACAUUAAAGAAGCAAAACAAAAUUUUAAGCGCCACUGUAUAUCAUUACAAGCAGAUCAUUACUGAUACGGAACAAAUGCUGAGCAGGUUGCAUGGACAUGUAGAACGCGAAGAGUCAAGGUGGUCAGCUCAUGCAGAAAAUCUGCAGCAGCAAUUGGAUGAAGCACUUAGGCAAUUGAAUAACCGUGAUCUACAAAUGAGUAGACAAAAGAGCCAAAACAACAGCGAAAAUGAAGAGGAAGACCCCGAGGAUGAAAGUAAUGUUGUGACAGUGGCGGUGAAAUGAUUGUAUAAUAUUCUAACAGCAGCAGCGAUAGUGAUUAAAUAUCAUUAAUUUUUAAGCAUAAUUCUCAUUGAAUUUAUUGCCCACAAUUGAAUUUUGACUGUAACGUUAAUGAUAAUAUUUAAUCAUAAAAAUAAAAGACAAUAAACCGCGCACAUGCGUAGGUCGCAUAUAUCAUAAUUUUUUUUAAAAUUGUAAAUGAUAAUAGUUUGGUAAUUAUUUGAUACAAAUAAUUUUACAAGAA